AACCCCAAGGCUGCAAUGAUGUUUCUUUUGUUCCCCAGGGGCCUGAGUCCAGCAAAUGACAGCGGAGCCAAAAAGAAGAAAAAGAAACCCAAACGGAAGAAAGAGAAAGGAGGAGGAGACCAGCCCGACCAGGCUCAGGACCAGCCAGUGAAGGUGAACUCCUUACCCGCUGAAAGGAUCCAGGAGAUUCAAAAAGCCAUCGAGCUCUUCUCUGUAGGUCAGGGCCCUGCCAAAACCAUGGAGGAGGCCAGCAAGAGGAGCUACCAGUUCUGGGACACACAGCCAGUGCCCAAGCUCGGAGAGGUGGUGAACACCCACGGCCCGGUGGAGCCGGACAAGGACAAUAUCCGUCAGGAGCCAUACACCCUGCCCCAGGGCUUCACCUGGGAUGCCCUGGACCUCGGGGACAGAGGUGUGCUGAAGGAACUCUACACGCUGCUCAACGAGAACUACGUGGAGGACGACGACAACAUGUUCCGGUUCGAUUACUCCCCCGAGUUCCUGCUGUGGGCACUGCGUCCUCCGGGCUGGCUGCCCCAGUGGCACUGUGGGGUCCGAGUUGUCUCCAGCAAGAAGCUGGUUGGAUUUAUCAGCGCCAUUCCAGCCACAAUCCACAUCUAUGACACAGAGAAGAAGAUGGUGGAGAUAAACUUCCUGUGUGUCCACAAAAAGCUGCGCUCCAAGCGGGUGGCUCCGGUGCUGAUCCGCGAGAUCACGCGGCGGGUGCAUCUGGAGGGGAUCUUCCAGGCUGUUUACACUGCGGGAGUGGUGCUGCCAAAGCCUGUGGGGACUUGCAGGUACUGGCACCGCUCCCUGAAUCCUCGGAAACUCAUCGAGGUCAAAUUUUCCCACCUGAGCAGGAACAUGACUAUGCAACGUACCACGAAGCUUUACCGGCUGCCCGAGACUCCCAAGACUCCUGGCCUGCGGCCCAUGGAGCACAGGGACAUCUCUGCCGUGCACAAGCUCUUGACUGAGUACCUGAAGCAGUUCCACCUGACGCCCGUGAUGAGCCGAGAGGAGGUGGAGCACUGGUUCUUACCUCAGGAGAACAUCAUCGACACCUUUGUGGUAGAGAGCACCCCGGGGGAGGUGACAGACUUCCUGAGCUUCUACACUCUGCCCUCCACCAUCAUGAACCACCCGACUCACAAGAGCCUGAAAGCUGCUUAUUCCUUCUACAACGUUCACACCAAGACGCCUCUCAUCGACCUCAUGAGUGACGCCCUCAUCCUCGCCAAGUCGAAAGGAUUCGACGUCUUCAAUGCACUGGAUCUCAUGGAAAACAAAACCUUCCUGGAGAAGCUGAAGUUUGGGAUCGGGGACGGGAACCUGCAGUAUUACCUGUACAAUUGGAAGUGUCCCAGCAUGGCCCCAGAGAAGGUCGGACUGGUGCUGCAGUAAGUGAGCCCUUGCCAGGAGAGCGUGGAGGAGCCGGGCCUGGUGGAGGUGCUGCCCCUCAUCCUUUCUGCCAAAGCUGGACCCACACCGGGCCAGGGGGAACCGGAGCAGCCGCCCAAGGCUCCCGCCGCCACCCGCCGCCUCCUCGUCUGGUCUGGUCUGAUUUGCAUCCUCGUAAAGACACGAUCAAGGGAAUGUAACUGCUGAAACUAGAUCAUGAUUGGCAUAUAAUGGAGUUAACGGGUGAAUAAUAAAAGUAUAUAUUAUAUAUAUUUUAAA